GUGCGUCAUGUCGUCACGUCCGCUCACGCUCAGCUCCAGCUUGCAUCAUUUCUCGUCUCUCUCUCGGCAGCCGGGUGGAAGCCAACAUACACCAUGGUGGAGCCGGUCCCCGAGUCCAUCAACUUUCCCUCUCAGGAGGAGAAGAUCAUGCAGUUUUGGCAAGAAAAGGACUGCUUCCAGGAAUGCCUCAAACAGUCCAAGAACAGGCCCAAAUACACCUUCUAUGAUGGCCCUCCUUUUGCCACUGGUCUUCCCCACUACGGACACAUCCUAGCUGGCACCAUCAAGGAUAUUGUUACUCGCUUUGCCCAUCAGAGCGGCUUCCAUGUGGACCGGCGCUUUGGCUGGGACUGUCAUGGCCUGCCUGUGGAGUACGAGAUUGAUAAAACUUUGGGGAUCAAAGGACCUGAAGAUGUGGCCAAGAUGGGCAUCGCUGAAUACAACAAGCAGUGCAGAAACAUUGUCAUGAGAUACUCCAACGAGUGGGAGACUUCAGUGAAGCGAAUGGGAAGAUGGAUCGACUUCAAGAAUGACUACAAGACUCUCUACCCAUGGUUCAUGGAGACUGUCUGGUGGGUGUUCAAACAGCUGUACGACAAGGGUCUGGUUUACCGAGGCGUUAAAGUCAUGCCUUUCUCCACUGCAUGCAACACUCCUCUGUCCAACUUUGAGUCCCACCAGAACUACAAGGACGUUCAGGACCCAUCUGUGACCGUCAACUUCCCAUUGGUUGAGAAUGAGGAAGUGGCUUUGAUUGCCUGGACGACCACACCCUGGACACUGCCGAGCAACCUGGCUCUCUGUGUUAACCCGGAGUUCAUAUAUGUCAAGAUCAAAGACAACACCACAGAAAAGACCUACAUCAUGAUGGAGGCCAGACUGGGAGCUCUGUUUAAGUCUGAGAGCGAGUACACCCUCCUGGACAAAUUUCCUGGCAAGACGCUGAAAGGGAAAAAAUACAAGCCUCUUUUCCCGUACUUUAGCAAGUGUGGGGAGAAAGGAGCAUUCCAGGUGGUGACGGAUAACUACGUCAAGGAGGAAGAGGGUACAGGAGUGGUCCACCAGGCACCCUACUUUGGAGCUGAUGAUUACAGGGUGUGUACUGAAUUCAACAUCAUCCAGAGGGACCAAGCUCCUAUCUGCCCCGUGGAUGCCUCGGGCUGCUUUACAUCAGAGGUCACUGACUUUGCGGGACAGUAUGUCAAAGAUGCUGACAAGAAUAUCAUCAAGUGGCUGAAGGAGAACGGUCGCCUCGUCAAUGCCAGCAGUUUCAAACAUAGUUACCCAUUCUGCUGGAGGUCCGACACACCCCUGAUCUACAAAGCCGUCCCCAGCUGGUUUGUUCGGGUGGAGCACAUGGUGGAUAAACUGUUGGACAACAAUGGGAAAUGCUACUGGGUUCCAGAGUUUGUGCGGGAGAAGCGUUUCGGAAACUGGCUGAGAGACGCACGAGACUGGGCGAUUUCGAGGAACCGUUACUGGGGCACGCCUAUCCCUCUCUGGGUCAGCGACGACUUUGAGGAGGUGGUGUGUAUCGGGUCCAUGACUGAACUCGAGGAACUGACCGGAGUCAAAGUAACUGAUCUGCAUCGGGAGAGCAUCGACAAUCUGACCAUCCCGUCACGGUGCGGUAAGGGCGUGCUGCGGAGGGUCACGGAGGUGUUUGAUUGCUGGUUUGAGAGCGGCAGCAUGCCUUACGCCCAGGUCCACUACCCUUUUGAAAACAGGAAGGAGUUUGAGGACACUUUCCCAGCAGACUUCAUUGCCGAAGGCAUUGACCAGACAAGAGGAUGGUUCUACACCCUGUUGGUGCUCUCCACAGCACUGUUUGGCAAACCGCCCUUCAAGAAUGUCAUUGUUAACGGACUGGUACUCGCAAGCGAUGGACAGAAGAUGAGCAAGCGCAAGAAGAACUACCCAGAUCCAGCACUGAUAGUGCAGAGCUACGGAGCCGAUGCCCUCAGACUGUACCUCAUCAACUCUCCUGUAGUGAGAGCAGAGAACCUGCGUUUCAAAGAGGAUGGAGUGCGAGACGUGCUGAAGGAUGUCUUCCUGCCGUGGUAUAAUGCCUAUCGCUUCCUGGUGCAGAACGUACAAAGGUUACAAAAGGAGGAUGAUAACCAGUUCCUGUACAAUGAAAACACAGCGAAGCAGAGUGACAACAUCAUGGACAAAUGGAUUCAGUCCUUUACACAGUCCCUCAUCCAGUUCUUCAAGGCUGAGAUGGACGCUUACCGUCUUUACACCGUCGUGCCUCGGCUGGUCAAGUUUGUCGAUAUGCUCACUAACUGGUACGUCAGGACAAACAGACGCCGUCUGAAGGGAGAGAGUGGCACAGAGGACUGCCUGUGGGCGCUGGAAACCCUCUUCAGCGUUCUGUUCUCCAUGUGCAGGCUAAUGGCUCCCUUCACACCCUUCAUUACAGAAAUGAUGUACCAAAAUCUGCGUCACCUCAUUGACCCUGCUUCGGUUGAAGAGAAGGACACCAGCAGCAUCCACUAUCUCAUGCUGCCCCAAGUCAGGGAGAGUGUGAUUGACAAGCGCAUUGAGAAUGCCGUCUCCCAGAUGCAGUCUGUGAUUGAGCUGGGCAGAGUGAUCCGAGACAGGAAGACCCUGCCUGUCAAGUACCCAUUGAAGGAGGUGGUAGUUAUACACCAGGACCCAGAGGCUCUGAACGACAUCCAGUCUCUGCAGAAAUACAUCCUGGAAGAGCUUAAUGUGCGACAGUUGACGCUGUCAACAGACAAGGACAAGUACGGUAUCCGUCUGAGAGCCGAGCCAGACCACAUGGUGCUGGGCAAGAGACUAAAGGGAGCCUUCAAAGCUGUCACUGCUUCUAUCAAGGAGCUCACCAGCGAACAGCUCGAGGCCUUCCAGAAGACAGGAUCCAUCACGGUGGACGGCCAUGAGCUUCAUGAGGAGGACCUGAGGCUGAUGUACACCUUUGACCAGAGCUCUGGCUCAGCCGCACAGUAUGAAGCACACUCUGAUGCACAGGUCCUGGUGCUGCUGGAUAUCUCCCCGGACCAGUCCAUGCUGGAUGAAGGCGUUGCCCGAGAGGUCAUCAACCGCAUUCAGAAACUACGCAAGAAGGCCCAUUUGGUGCCAUCAGAUGAGAUAACUGUGCACUACCGCUGCCAGCCAGAGCGCGAUUACUUGGAUUCUGUGAUCCAGGCUCACACCGACUUCAUCCUGGCUACGACCAAGGCUCCACUGUUGCCUUUCCCUGUUCCAAAGACUGCCAGUGUCAUCAUAGAAGAAAAGACUCAGCUGAAGGGCUCAGACUUGGAGCUAACCAUAAUAAAGGGAUCUUCAGCUCCACGGGCCCCUCUAAAUGGACCAGCUUGCAACUAUGUGAACCUCAGGGUGAAAGUCAACAACAAAGAACAAGAGGGGGUGGUGCUGUUGGAGAACCCCAAAGGGGAUAACAGACUAGACUUGGACAAGCUGAAGAGAGUGAGCAGCAGCAUCUUUGGAACCAACAACACCCAGCUCAAAUUCUUCAAUGGCGGCUCUGAGCUGACCAGCAAAAUGGACCUGCAGGCUCUGAGCGGUAAAACCUUGUCAGUGACGUCAGGCUCUUCCUCCCCUGGCCCUGCCCCCUCCACCGACACCCUCCUGUGUCCUUACGUGAACCUGCUGCUCUGCAAUGCACAACCAGCUGAGUGCCAGACAGGAGAGCUGGGCACCCUCCUGCUGGUGAACCCAGUGGGCCAGAAUGGGCUCGAUUUCUCAGGCCUGCUCUCUGAGGCUGCAAAAGUCUUCGGCCUCCGCAGCAGACGGCUCAAGCUCUACCUGGACCAGGACCUCACCCAGGAGCUGCCAGCUGAUUCAUCAGUAAAGUCUCUAGACACCAAAACUCUCUUUGUGAGAGUUCUCCCAACAACUGCCGAAGCAUAAAUCCAGAGAAGCCAUGUUACAAUCCUGACAUCAACUUUUGCCUCCCAGGUUCCCUGAAUGAAGAUGCUUUUUUACCACUGAAAUCCCACCCAUAGCCCCUUUGAUGUACAGUGGAUUAAGACACGAAGUGGCAUAAUGUGUUUCAGCAUUCUUUGGAAAUACUGAUGCAAAGCAGGCUUGUCUGUCAAGUUCACAAUUGUUAAUCUAUGGAGUCACUAUCACACGUCUUGAAAUUUAAAGACAACUUUAGGCAGAGAUUUUGAUGUGUUUUCACACAUUACAAUAUGUGAUGAUAGCUCUAAUUAUUCAGUAUAUUUAGUCAAGACUUCAGUUCUUCACUUCUUUCCCUCGUCUUGGUCUUUAAUGUCUUUUAAUUUCUCAUUAAUUACAAGUGACAGUUUUCUAAGAAAGUACAAAGUGUAGCUAGGCUAUAUUUAUUCUGGACAGAGAAGAGAUUUACAUUAUUUCUUCACUUGAAAGUGGAUAUUCUGCAAGAACAGAACGACUAUUCAUACCUAGCAGCUGAAUAGACCCACUGGAUGUGUGAAUGUGAAUGUGUAAAGUGGCUGAUCACAGAAACUAGGACUUGUUUGACAUAAGGAAAGCCACACAUCAAACUACAACAGAAAAAAAUGCCAAAGGUUCAUUUUUCAGUAACUUUCCUUCUGGGUGACUGUCAAACCUCUCUAGCUGUCAAUUCUAGCAGUGGAUGUCAUUUCUUUAUUACACUAAUGAUAAAAUUAUGCAAGCUACUUCCCUUCAAGGCUUAUUUGAGGUGAGCUUAGUCCAGAGUAAUUAUUUCUGUGGCUCAUUGGGAAACCAAUUUGUCCUAUUGUGCUUGCACACAAUUUUGAAUUUAACAGAUAAACCUAUUCUGUUCAUUGCAUUGGGAAUCCUUUGACAAUUGUGAAGGCAUUCGUGAGGUGAAAUGGAUUUUCAGGCCACUGUACCUUCAGGACAAAAGGGUUCUCUAAUAAAAAGGGCAACAAAAGGAUAAUGUACUAUUUUAGGUGAUGAAUUGAAUAAAUCAAAGGUGACUAAGAA